GGGGCGGCCUUGCCCACCGAGACGGCUUUCUGUCCCGGGCUCCGCGCCUUUUGGGAGACGCCGCGACCUCAGGUAGCGGGUGUUGUCAGCUGGGCAUGGCGGCAUGGAACCCGGCCGCGGCAGCGCUUUUGCUCCGCCGGACCCUCGGGAUUCCUCUUCUUCACUGUGCCCAGCGGAUGUUUGCCUCGCAGACUGAGGGGGAGCUCAAAGUAACCCAAAUUCUCAAAAAAAACUUUCCUCAAGCUACAACCAUCAAAGUCACUGACAUUUCAGGAGGCUGUGGGGCAAUGUAUGAAAUUCAAAUUGAAUCAGAAGAAUUUAAGGAGAAGAGGACUGUCCAGCAGCACCAGAUGGUAAACCAGGCCAUGAGAAGGGCAUACUUUCCUUCCAAGUUCCAGUUCAAAGAAUGCCAGGAAAGGCCUCUGGUCCGCCCCUCUUGAAUCAGAAGCCACCCUGGACUAAUCGACUGGCGUUUAGGAGAUGUGCAGUCACUGCAGCCUCUCUCCACUGGAAUGAAGGGAGGGGCAGUUGCCAAAAGAAGUAAGGCUUCUGUUCUCCAAAGAAGAGUCUGGAACAAAGCAACAGGUGUUCUCGACUGGAGAAAAGAUGAUGUGGCCUAGCAAGCCUCCUAGGAGUCUGGGGCCACCUGGGAAACUGGUACUCUCCCCUCUGCUUCACCCCAACCCCUCUCCAGGGGACUCGGCAGGCCCACCGAAAUGUGGCAAUCCUGUCAGUUCUGCAUGUCUGCACCCAAGUCUGGCAACAAGAAGACUUUAAAGUGCCCCCCCGCCCAAGCUGUUCUUCCCCCAAAAUUAAA